UAGGGGAUUCUAGUUCAGAUACUAUUUGUCUAACUAAUGAGUGGUUCUGACCCUCCUCAUGAUAGAACUGAGGGUAAUAACACGUGCACAAUCACUAAGGGUACCACAUGUGUUCCAGGCCUUGGAUCCGGGAGAAGAAAGACGGAUACGUAGAGCCCGUGCGUUAGCAGCGGGGAUAGCAGAAGCAAACAGAGCAGCAAGAGAGCAGGCAACAGCAGCCAGAGCAGUUGCGAUGGCUAACGGCGCAAGCUCUGCUGCUUCUUCAUUUGCGUCCUCGUCAGGAACUAAUGGGAGCUCGUUGGGAAUGCCAACGAGUUCUAGAAGUUGCUUGGGCACUUCCGGUUCCACAGGCUCCAGCCAGUCUUCUAGUCAAAUGGCGGGCUCGCAGUUCAGACCCCGCGUCAGAGGGAGCUCAGAAAUGCUCCGCCGUAAGUUAGAGAAGGACCUGAAAGAUGCUACCGAUAGAGAAAAUGCGAUGAAAACUAGAGCAGCCAGGCUUGAAUCUUUAGAGGCUGACAAGGCUGAACUAGAGGGCUUGGAUGAGUCGGCGUUGACUGACCCACUGAAAGUAUUGAAGAAGAACAUGUUGUCACUACACGCACACGUGGACAGUAAGUUAGACUUCAUGCAGAGCACUCUAGACCAGAUCCUGGAUGCUUUGAAAAGGCCAGGAUUCCGGCCAUCAGCACAAUCGUUGUUGCCGUUAUCGGCGAUGUCAGGCCCCUUUCCAGUUCAAGCAGGCACACAGCCAAGUGGCACAUCUGCAGCAGCCGCUCAGAUUGUUGCAUCUUCUUCUUCGGGUCCAGCGGUGGUUGCUACACCACCGCAACAAUCUGUUCCUGCACAGGGACAGCAGCAAGGUCAAUGGUAUCCCAAAACCCCAAUGAAACUGCCUCUUGCCUUCUCAGGCGAGAGAAAGGACGAGGAACUCAACACAUGGUUCAGGACCGUCCCGGUUUGGGUGAAGUCAAAGAGGACCUUGCCUGAGGACGAAGUGGUAACUGCUGCAUCUUACCUCGAGGGUAAGGCAGCCAAGUGGUUAGAUGGUGUAGUUAUCAAGGCCGGGUAUGGGAGACGCAUGGCGGAUUGGGCUAAGUCCCUGACAUUAGACCAGUUUGUGAAGAUGGUAGAAGCUCGAUGGCAUAACCCACAGGAGGCACAAAAGGCCACUGAUGCCAUUAACAAACUGGACCAACGCAACUUCACGACAAUUAGGGAGCUUAUGACUACCGUUGAGAGCCUGAUCCUCGUCCCAGAUGUGUCUGAAGCCUUAGAGGACUUGGAGAGUGAGUGGUCAAACAAGGACCCUCGUGAGUCCUGGGUGGCACUAAGGAAAGGUCCUAGAGGGGAACAUUUCGUGGUGGAAGUCGAUGUAGGAGGCCGCAAAUGUGGUGCCUUCAUAGACAUUGGCUCCACGCGGAAUUACAUAAGUCGCGACUGUUUGGACAGGCUGCACCUACAGGACCUCGUACGACACCUUAGUAGACCUGUAGCAUCUACUUUGGCCAACAAGGAGCACAUGAUUGAAACAGACUACAUCAAGGACGUAGUCUGUACCUUCUCCUAUGGAGGAGGUGAGCUUAACCAUAAGAUCUCGUUCUUGGUUAGCGACGACUUGCCAUUCGAUAUGUUGUUAGGCAUGUAUUACCUCGAAGUUGCUGAGCCCCAGUUCAACUGGGAUAAGAAGGUGCUGAAAUACAAGUUGCCCGAUGGCCGAACUGUCAGAAUGACUAAGUUCAAGGCCAGCAGUAUUGUAGAUACCUAUGGCGGCUUGUGCACAUCAGCAUUCUAUAACUAUUACAAGCAAAACCAAGAGGAGGGUAUGUACCUUGUUUACGUCUCUGAGAAAGGGGAGGCCGUUAAAACACCCCCAGAGAUAGAAAGCGUCGUUGCUAAGUUCCCCGAUCUGUUCGAGGAGCCCUCAGGAGUUGUUGAUAGGGAAGUCGUUCACGCUAUAGAAAUCAUUCCAGGGAGUAAGACCCCAAAGGGAAGGAUCUAUAGGAUGGCCCCUGCCGAGUUAGAUGAACUUCGAAAGCAACUCAAGGAGCUGACAAAGAAGGGAUGGAUUCGGCCUAGUACUUCCCCUUACGGAUCACCCGUGCUAUUUGCACCGAAGAAGGGGGGUACUUUGAGGAUGUGCAUUAAUUAUAGGGACCUCAAUGCCAUCACAGUGAAAAACGCAGAGCCUCUACCUUGCAUAGACGACCUAUUGGAUAGGGUGCAGGGAUGCAAGUACUAUACAAAGCUAGACUUGAAAUCCGGAUAUCACCAGAUCGCAAUAAGACCUGAGGACCAACACAAAACAACUUUUCAGACUAGAUAUGGUCUGUAUGAGUUUGUAGUGAUGCCUUUUGGUCUUUGCAAUGCGCCCGGUACAUUCCAGCACGCUAUGAAUCGGAUCUUCCAUGACCAUUUAGAUAAGUUUGUUGUGGUUUACUUGGACGACAUUCUGAUCUUUAGUAAGUCUGCCCAGGAGCACGCAAAGCACGUUGAGACAGUUCUCUCACUCCUGGGACAGCACAAGUAUAAGGUCAACUUAGAGAAGUGUGAGUUCGGCCGCACUAAGAUACUAUACUUGGGUCACGAAGUAUCCGCGGAAGGAAUUAGGCCGGAAGAUGCGAAGGUGGCUAGUAUUCGAGACUGGCCACGACCUCAGACAGUCACUGAGGUCAGAUCAUUCUUAGGAAUGUGCGGCUCCUAUAGGAACUUUGUAAAGAACUAUUCUACAGUCGCCUCUCCUUUGACUGAUCUAACUCGACUUGACACACCGUGGGACUGGAGUGAUGAGUGCGAGGGUGCUUUCAAGAGAUUGAAGCAUGCACUCAUGAAUCAUGAAGUUCUCAUGGUUCCCGAUCCGCAGAAGCCAUUCAUAGUGACCACUGACGCAAGCCAAUACGGCAUUGGCGCAGUGCUGGCUCAACAGGAUGGGAAAAAGUUGAGACCAAUUGAGUACAUGAGUAAGAAGAUGCCAUCGAAGAAGGUUGCUAAGUCCACCUACGAAAGGGAACUCUAUGCUCUCUACAAGGCACUUGUCCAUUGGAGACAGUUCCUUUUGGGAAGAAUGUUAGAUGACGCAAAAAAGUAUGUUGAGACCUGUGAGGUCUGUCAGCAGGACAAGCCGCGAACUCAAGCACCGCUUGGGUUGUUGAAACCUUUACCAAGUCCUGAUGGUCCAGGACCGAGUGUUUCCAUGGACUUCAUGGACACCCUAGUGACCAGCAAGAGUGGACUUCAGUGUGAUAUUGCAUUCUGGAUUUUUGUGCUUCGCACAUACUCAUGUUCCUUGCACAUGGCAAUAGCAAAGGCUUCUGUGGCUUUAAAGGUCGAAGUGGAUGUGACCAACGAUGAGGGCAAACCAUUAUUCCAAGUCCUCUACGACAAGGCACCGGCAAGGGAAGAAAAGGCAGAGGAGGAAACGUUGAAAACCGCUGUUGCAGACCAUGAGGUUGUCUUUAAAACAGUCCCCUCCUUGCCUGGCGCCGAGGUCAAGAAAGAUCUGGUCACAUAUGAGCGUGCACUUAUAGACUGUCACCUGCUCAUUGACUUUCCUGGUCAGAUCUAUAAACUGUUGACCAGGAGCAGCGACCAGUCGCCGGCCCCCGAUGCCAGCUCUUCCAACACCUCCGAUCACCUUGAAGCAUUGGAGAUUGAUGUCGACUCCCUCAAGGACGGCGUGCAGUUACAGCAAACCGCAAAGCAACAGUUGGAGCAACGGAUCUGUACUGUCGCCAACCACUCGAGCUCGGAACCGCGCGAGACAGCUCAAAAGUACGACGGGCAGGAGAUCUUCUGCGACUCGACAAAGACAAAUUCGAUUCCAUGGUUCCGCAAGUUCGAGCUCACUCUGCAGCUACACUACGUCAAAGAACACAAGCACCAUGCGUACUUAUACUCCCGGUCGGGGGCCGCGUGCCAAGCAUGGUUGGACAAUCUCUUGUCCAAGUACGGAGUGGUAGCUGCCAACUUGCAUACCAAGAUCAGUUGGGAUGAUCUGAAGGCGGCGUGGCAUAAGUGGUCCGUAGUAGACCCGCCGGAGAUCAAGGCAAUGGACAAGUUGAUGGUCUUCGAACAAGGCACGCUGUCGAGUGCUGAUUGGAUUGCCAAGUACCAAUGCUUGACAUCCGUCCCAGACAUUCAAAUGGGCUUCAAAGCCAUCCGCCACUAUUUUAUCUCAAGGUCGUGUCCGACAUUUCACAAUUCCUUGACUCACGUCGAGGACACCCUGACGACAACGGCGGAACUCUUUGACAAGGCCACACAGAUUAUGGUCACGAACAAGGAGGCUAAGAACCUGUGUUUGUCAGCGGCAGGCCCGAGCAGAGAUCAACAUCGUCCGAAAAUGGCCGUGGUCGUGGCGGCAACACCAAAUGAUCAAACUAACGAGACUUUACGUUCACCCAAAAGAGCCUGAGUCAAUCAAUUCAAUAUGUAAAU